GACGCCACUAUUUAUAGGCGCGCUGGCAGGAUUUUUAAGAGCUGCUGUAGUGGACAAGAAAAGCGAGUACAACCGAAAGCAAGGCUCGCUGUGUGCAGUGCGGCACGUGCCCAAGCUGGGAGGACUCGCUGCAGGAAGUGGUCGGCCGUCCGUAUGUCGGCCGGCGGUCGGUGGUCGGCGCGCCCCUGCCGCCGCGGUUCGGCUCUCUGUGGUCUCUGCGCCGGGCGCCGCAGCCGCUGCCGCUGCUAAUAUGUGCGGCGAUGGGGAGCUAGCGGGAGAAUGGCGACUCGCAGGCGGACGCGGCGUCGCGACAAGAGCACCAGCGAACAAGUGAAAGACUGUUGCCGCGCAGUCACCGCCUUCGUCUUCAGCAACGUCGGCAUCAUCGCGCUGUUUCUAGGAUACGCCAUUGUGGGCGCCAUAGUGUUCCAAAAGAUCGAGGGCGAGGACAAACUGACACCAAAUAACCGGGUGAUCGGGCUUCGCCACGCUACUGUGCAGGAGCUGUGGGACAUAACCCGCGCGCUAAAUGUGAUGUUCGAGGGCAACUGGACCGAGCUCGUGGACGAGAAGAUCCUGCAGUUCCAGAACAGUAUCGUGGCCGCCGUCGGCGAUGGAUACGACGGCAGGCCGGAGGUGACCACGCAGUGGUCCUUCUCUGGCGGAUUUCUCUACUCACUGACUGUGAUGACUACCAUUGGCUACGGCAACAUCGCCCCGCGCACCAGCAUGGGCAAGAUUGUCACCAUCUUCUACACGUGCGUGGGCUUUCCGCUGUUCCUGCUGUACCUCUCCAACAUCGGCAGCGUUCUCGCGCAGAGCUUCAAGUGGAUAUACGCCAAGCUGUGCAAGUGCCAGCCGGCGCGUCUGGAGAUGGUGGUCGAGCCGGAGCUGGCCGACGAGGAGGCGGCGCGGCCCGAGCGCUGGCCGGACGAGCUCGGGUCGGAGCGCAGCCAGCCGGAAGACAGCAGCGAGGCCGAGCGGUCGACUAGCGCCGCCAGCGGCGCCGACUCCCUGCUCGACCUCAGCACCGUCACCGUGCCCAUAUCCAUGUGUCUCAUCAUCAUGGCAGUGUACAUAUGUGGCGGCGCCAUGUUCUUCGCGCGGUUGGAGGGGUGGGACUUCCUGACCAGCUGCUACUUUUGCUUCAUAAGCCUUAGCACGAUCGGGUUUGGUGACUACGUGCCCGGCGACUCGAUCCGCUCCGACUCGGGCCGAGUCGAGGCUGGCUUCGUGCUAACCUCCAUGUACCUCAUGCUUGGAAUGGCCAUCAUCGCCAUGUGCUUCAACCUCAUGCAGGAGGAGGUGAUCCAGAAGGUGCGGUCGUGCGCCAAGUGCCUGGGCUGCCUGCGCGAAGACGGCUGAGCGGGAGAGACCCGCGCCGGCCGGCGUGCCGGCGCGCUCCCUGGUUCUGGCGCGGAGCGAAG